AUAUAUAUAUCCACUUUCCAUUGUAUUGUUUGUGGGUUUGUCCCAAUGGAAACUUUCUGGUUGGUUUCUCUUGUGAUUUUGGCGAUGGCUUUGUCUGUGCAAAGCCAAUUGAGAAAUGGGUUUUAUUCUUCUUCGUGCCCACAGGCUGAAUCCAUAGUUAGGUCAACUGUUCAGUCCCACUUCCAAAAGGAUCCAACCAUUGCUGCUGGAUUGUUAAGGCUUCAUUUCCAUGACUGCUUUGUUCAGGGUUGUGAUGGAUCGGUGUUGAUCACAGGGUCUUCUGCGGAGAGAAAUGCAUUGCCAAAUCUAGGAUUAAGAGGAUUUGAAGUAAUUGAUGAUGCCAAAUCACAAUUAGAGGCAUCAUGCCCUGGGGUAGUUUCAUGUGCCGAUAUUCUAGCAUUAGCUGCUCGUGAUGCUGUAGACUUGAGUGAUGGUCCAAGUUGGUCGGUCCCAACCGGCGGAAGAGACAGCAGAAUCUCUUCAUCAUCUCAAGCCUCCAAUUUACCUUCUCCUUUCGACUCUAUCGCCGCUCAGAAGCAAAAAUUUGCAGCGAAAGGUCUUGACGACGAGGAUAUCGUAACCUUAGUUGGGGCACAUACCAUAGGUCAAACAGACUGCUUAUUCUUCAGAUACCGACUGUACAAUUUCACAACAACAGGCAACGCAGACCCAACAAUAAAUCAAUCAUUCCUGGCUCAACUUCGAGCCCUCUGUCCAAAAGAUGGUGAUGGGUCGAAAAGGGUUGCAUUAGACAAAGACAGCCAAAGUAAAUUUGAUGCAAGCUUUUUUAAGAAUGUAAGAGAUGGAAAUGGAGUUUUAGAAUCUGACCAGAGACUUUGGGAUGAUGCUGCUACUCGUGAUGUUGUCCAAAAGUAUGCUGGAAAUAUUAGAGGAUUGCUCGGGUUUAGGUUUAAUUUUGAUUUUUCAAAAGCUAUGAUUAAAAUGAGUAUCAUUGAAGUCAAGACUGGGACUGAUGGAGAGAUUAGAAAGGUUUGCUCCAAGUUCAAUUGAUGAAAUAAUCUCAGUGUAAUUGUAAGAGAAAAUAGAAAGAAGUGCGACAUGCAUAGAAAAAGUGCUGUUUAAUGAUUAGUGAUGAAACAAUUGUACAACCUACGUUGUAACAUUACCAAAGUAAUUAGUAGGAAAGUCCAAAAGACAAAAAAUUAUGAUUUAAUGAAUUUACAAUUUUCUGUA